CCCACUGCACCACCUCUGUCUCCUGCCCAGGCUGGCUGCCAUGGAGACCAGCUGGGACAGCAGCCUCCACAGCUGGGCCAGGCCAGCCCCAGCUGUGAUCCAAGCCACCAUGUACUCCAAGGCAGCGCGGCAGGCUGAGGAAACCAGGGAAGAGCUGGAAAAGAUCCGGGCGCGGAUUGACCAUAUGAUCCAGGCCUAUGAACGCAGUGAGCAGGUCUCGUCUGCCCAGCAAGCAGCCACAGAGUUUGUGGAGGAUGUGGAGCAGCUGGUAGCCGUCCUGGGGGACCCCGUGAAGAAGAGGAGAUACCAGCAGCAAGUGACUGUCUUCAUCGUGGGGUACCAGGAGUCCUGUGGGCAGCGCAACAGCCUCCUGAGCGAGCUUCAGGAGUUCUUCAGCUGCUCUGCGGAGCUGGGGCUGGGGGAGGAGAGCCACAACCUGCCCGACGACUUCCCCAUGCACAUGGACGACGUGGCUGGCACGGUGACAGCGGCUCUGAGCUCGGCCGAGGCAGCCAUGUCCCGCCUGGCGGAUCUGAACAAGGACAUUGUCAGCUACGUGACCAGCGCCCUGGCCACACCCAGCCCCAAAAGGAGCCACAGGAAGCAAGUGGAGAAGGCUGUAGACAAGGCUAAGGAAGAGGUGGUCCAGAUCAAACGCAGGCUCCUGCAGGCUCAGGCAGACCUGGAGAUCAAGGAACGACAGCUGAAGGACCUGCAGCAGCUGAGCGAGAUGAAGGCGAAGGAGAGCCGGCUCUUCCGAGCCCAGCUGGAGAGCACCCAGAGACGCCUGCAAGGCCUGGAGCAGGAGAGUGGGGCUCAGCGGACCCGCCUGGAAGCUGAGCUGAGGAGCCGGGACGCGUGCAUCGUGGAGCUGGACGGGUUCCUGCAGGAGAAGGCAUGGUUGCGGAGGGAUGCGGCCACCCAGUGCAGUGACUGUGCCCCAUCCAACCCUGCUGCAUGCCCAGGGGGGCUGCUCCCCUACGGCGCGGGGGCUGCUGAGGAGGGGCCACCAGCAGGAAGGGAGCUCGCGGAAGGGCUGGCAGAGUCCAUGGUGCGACCUGAAGAGGGGUUCCCAAACCCAGAGGACACCUCGGGGCAGCACUUGGAGCAGCCGCAGCCCGUUGGUGGCCCCGUGGCACACUCAGCUGUCCUGGGGCCGGGGGCGCUGGCUGGGCCGACUGGAGGGCACAGGGAAGCUGGGAAGGAAGAAGAUGCUGAAGGGGAGCCAGCCACACACCCUGCAGGUGAGCGCAUGGUGGGGAAGGAAAAUGGGUGA